AUGAGAGAGAUUGCUGGGCCACUCGAAGGAUCACCAUGGAUUAUCGGUGGCGACUUCAACACCAUCCUAUCACACCGAGAUAGGGUUGGGAGCGACACCAACCGGCAAGCCGAGAUGGUCGACUUCGCGGAAGCAAUUGAAGACUGUAGGUUCCUUGAUCCGGGGUUCGAUGGGGCGGAAUUCACAUGGGCCAAAAAUGGCCUCUUUGAAAGAUUGGAUAGAGUGCUUGUUAGUGAGGGUUGGGCUAGGGCCUUCGAAGCUACUCGGGUUACGAACCUCCCUCGGGUUGCUUCGGACCACGGGCCGGUCCUUGUAAGAUGUAAGACGCUGAACACUACCAUCGGAGGCAAGCCAUUCCGAUUCCAGAACAUGUGGAUCCGACAUGGGGGGUUCAUGGCUGUAGUGAAAAAUGCAUGGGAGGAGAGUACGGGGGCGAGUGGACUCCUAAAUAUUCAAAUCAAACAUGCUAGAGUGAAAAGAGCCCUAAAGGCGUGA